UCUCGAGCCGUUGGAUUCUAAUUUCUCUUCUUCCACGGCUCUUCAUACCCCCACCACUCUCCGCCCUUCUUAUCCCUCCCCCCUCGCCUUCCUCUUCCUCCCAUGACCUGACCGCUUCUCCUCCUUUGCGCUGCCCCCAGCGAAGAAGCCCAAUUUCAAGAUCUCGCCAUGAAACGGGGAAAAUCGAAGGUCGAUGCCCCCAAGAAGGCCGACACCAAGCUGUCGGUGAAGAAGGGACCGGAGAGGGCGAGUAAGAAGCCGAGGAAGACAAAGGCGGACAAGGAUCCGAACAAGCCCAAGAGGCCUCCCAGCGCCUUCUUCGUCUUCAUGGAAGAAUUCAGGAAGUCAUUCAAGGAAAAGAAUCCAAAUAACAAAUCGGUCUCUGUGGUGGGUAAAGCCGGUGGAGACAAGUGGAAAUCCUUGUCGGAAGCUGAGAAGGCUCCUUAUGUGGCCAAGGCAGCCAAGUUCAAGACAGAGUACACCAAGAAAAUAGCUGCAUACAAUAAGAAUCAGUCUGGGGGAGGAAGUCACGCUGCUGCGGAUGAAGAUGAGUCCGACAAGUCCAAGUCUGAGGUGAACGAUGACGACGAGGAAGAAGAGGGAAGCGAGGAGGAAGAGGAAGACGAUGAAUGAGGAAAACUGGAAGCAAGUCUUGCUAUGUUAUCUUUGUCUUCUUUCCCCAUCUUUGUUCUACCUUCUAUGUGAAUGACAAAGCCAUGUCCUGGCUGUUCGUCACUAACGUGUACUUACUUUCGUCUAAUUCAAGCUAAUUUAGUGCCA